CUAAACUUCAACAAUCACCCAAAAAAUCUCAAAACAAUUAAAUCAUUUAAACCAGUUCUAAGAUUUCACAUCAAAUUGUACACUUAAUUUCCAAUGGAGAAAUACGAGCAAUACAAGCGCGUUUUCAGCCACUUCGACUCCAACGGCGACGGCAAAAUAAGCCCCGAGGAGCUGCGGCAGUGCGUGGCCUCGAUCGGCGGCGACAUGUCGGCGGAGGAGGCAGCGUCGGCGGUGGCGCUCAUGGACUCGGACGGGGACGAGAUGUUGUGUUUGGAGGAUUUCGUGAAGAUAGUGGAGGGGGCGGAGGAGGGAGAGAAGCAGAGUGAUUUGAAGGCGGCGUUCAAGCUCUACGCGCCCGAGGGAAGCGCGUGCAUUACUCCCGAGAGCUUGAAGAGAAUGCUGAGUAGAUUGGGGCAGAGAAGUAGUGUCCACGACUGCAAGAAUAUGAUCGCCCCUUUUGAUAUCAAUGGCGAUGGAGUUCUCAAUUUCGACGAGUUUAAGAUUAUGAUGUCGUGUUGAUUGAUGCCGCUCGAGCUCGACUUUAUUUUUUUCCUUUUCUUAUUUAUUCUGUAUAUAAAUUCAAUUCAAUUCAAUUAUGCACCAUUCAUUGCUUUA